AUGACAAGAGCUGCCCAUGAGCACGCCUGGGUCAACAGAUGUCAAUCAAAACGCGAGAGCCAGUUUGCACCGCCCACUCCUUCGCCUACAACCCAGGGCCAAGCAGGUUGUUACAAUUGCUGCUGCCGAGAGAUGUAUUAUGGGGCGAUUUAUAGCAGCCGACUUUCAAUUGGGACUUACCAGCAUCUUCCAGUAGCAGCUUUAAUGCUCUGCGCUGGUGUCUUGCUUUGUGUGUGCACUGCGGAUCAGAUGUCCGAGGUCGGUGUUGUGGAGACCUGCCCUGACCCCAGUCCUCCAGACCAUGGGGAGAGAGUCCCUUCCUCCCACACCAUCUUCCACGAGGGUGAUCUGGUUAGCUUCCACUGCCAGCAUGGGUAUAAGCUGAGAGGUCCAUCAAAGGCAGAGUGUGAACAGCAGGGCGAUGGAACCCUGAUGUGGGAGCCCAGCUCCGUACCACAGUGUCUCCCCGAAUGGACCACGUGCCCCCUGCCAUAUAUUGAGGAUGCUGAUAUGUACAACAUCACCUACCGUCCUGGUGACCGUCUGAUCAUUAGCUGCCACCAGGGCUUCCAGAUUCGCUAUCCUGACAUGGACAUCAUGGUAGCAGUGUGCCUGGAAGAUGGGAUGUGGGAUAAUCUGCCCAGCUGCCAAGGGUGCCUGCGUCCCCGAGUGUUCCCCCACAGUUACAUUAAUGUCUCGGACUCCCUGACUACCUUCCCAGUGGGCUCUGUCUUGCGGUAUCAGUGUUUCCCAGGAUACAAACUAUCGGGCUCAGAGUUCCUAGAGUGUACCUACAACCUGCUGUGGUCGGAUGGCCCCCCCAGCUGCCUGGAUGUUGAAGCUUGCCCUCUGCCCCCAAUCCCAGCCCAUGGAGACUACCUGUGCCACCCUUAUCCCUGUGACCGGUACAUCCAUGGCACCGUGCUGGAGUUCUACUGUGACCCUGGAUACUCGCUCACUACCGACUACAAGUACGUCACCUGUCAGCAUGGAGACUGGUUCCCUGCCAGCCAGGUCUUCUGCCAGACAAUCGGUCAGGCCUGGGCAGACAGAGAGGACACCAUUCUGUCCACUUGGAAGGUUGUGGCCUUCACCGCCAUCAGUGUCCUCCUGGCCCUGCUUCUUCUCGUCUUCCUCAAGGCCUUCCAGAUCCAGCUGAAGUCUCCCUGCCAGUCCAAUUUGUGUUUCAGUGGUGAGGUGGAGAGGUCGGGGAGCCCGAGUUUUGUGGUGGUGGAGGGAGUGCCCGUCGUGUUACCCACCUACGAGGAGGCAGUGUGCCACUGCACCAUUGAGCAACCGGACACCCAGGUCGCAGCCCUUGUGGCCCAGGGGGAGCAGGUGCCCCAGGCAUCCGACCAGAAUCCCCCCGCUUACCCAGGGAGCGUCUCUGACCCACUUCUCGCCGCCAAUCCAGUAGCCCCCUCCAGGCCUGGCCACCUGGAGUGCACGGGGACAGAGGAGUGGGAGGGGUCCUCACCGUCCAUGUCCUUCGACACAGCUGCAACCCACCCGAUGACAGAGGAGAUGGUCAACAGCCCAUCAACAGAAGAAACAGCCUCAAUGUGCCCCAGCAUCAAUAUCCUGGAUGGUGCUGCAUGACAUGCCAACUGUUCCCACUACUUUUAUCUCAGACAAAGUGGUGAAGAAAACAUCUGGGAUCCCUCCAUUCUGUGCCCUGGCCACUAGAGGCAGGAACAGGGAAGCUGGAACAAACUGUUGGUUAGAGCAUGGCUGUGCAGUGGUGGACACUGUUACACAGGACCAGAGAGGAUGCAGAGCAGGUCCAAGAGGAUGUACAUAAGGCUACAGCUUUGUGGCUGUGGA